AUGGCGACCCCGACCCAGCUGAAGCAUGCGGCCUCGCAGCAGGGCAGGACCCCUUCGCAGCUUACCGCAGCGACUCCUCCUGUAUCCACGCCAUUUUCGGCGUCGCAAGCCCACGCAGCCUUUUCGCCUAGAGGACCUAGGUCGUCGCCUCAGCAGUUUAAGAAAUCGCCCGCGACCUCAACCACCCUGAUGGGCCACCCCGCGAAUGGCGCCCUUAACUUCGACAGUCCUUCUGCAGCAGCUGCCAUGGGCGCGCUUGGCAUCAGUGGCGGACUGGACAUUGGUCUGGAUCACGUCGGCGUCGGAGGGUUUGGCGGCCUGGGGGCACUAGGCAGCGAGGACGAUAAGAUCAAGAGGCUAGAUGCGGUUAUUGAAAUUCUCGGGAAGGCUAAAGGACGAGUUAGCGAAGCCGGACUCGAGCGACUCACGCUUCGAACAGGUCUUACUAGCAUGUGGGACGAGCAUAGGUCGCCCGAUGGCAGGAAAACGAGGAUGUUGGUCAUCGCCGGUCAAGCUCUGACGAUCGAUAUCGAGCUGAACAACAACAUCGUGGAAAACGUUUCGCUAGGGUUUCCGGAAUCGGGCCCCAUCGUCACAAGACACAAGGAUCGCGCGGGGAACAUCCUCCUUAAGGAUUUGCAGCUUCGCCCCGACCAGAGCCCGUUAACCAAGACUUUGGAAAAGUUCUCUGCGAACUUGGAGCGCCUGGCAAACCUCGACAAGCUCAGCGUCAUUCCCGGACUCGACUGCCAGGAGGCCUUGGCCGGCAUCUUCGAGAGUCUUGAGAGACUCCACAAGUGGGAGCUGUCGAAGCUGCGAGAAGACCCUGCCAUGGGCGGCAAGCCAGACCGGUUUCUCGAAACAACCAUCAUGUGCACCAAGAGCGGACGGCCCAUGAUGCACACGAGAGACACGGUGGGACUUAGCAUCGAGUAUUGGACUGAGAGACGCCAUGUCAUUCCCAAAAAUACAGAGACGAUGCGCUACUGCGAGACUAGGGAGAAGGUUUGGGUGAUUCUCAUAGGCUGCAAGGCCUUGGAUGGAAACAUGUUUCCUCCAGUCCGGGUGUCAGAGAACUGGAUUUCCCAGAAGGUGGAAAAAGCCGAACCUGGACCCGAGGACAUUCUCGUUGCUGCUUCUGGACCGGCUCUCGACUGGCUAGAGCCGGAGCCCACCACGCUACCCCAGACUGACGAUAAUAAGGAUCCAGGCAUUGACGUGGUGCAGCCGGAUGGCACAACGCACAAAUAUCCAAAUGUCAAGUUUGUAGCAACGCUUACCCCCUCAGUGAUCGUGCCACAGUCGGUGUGGAACACGCUGCACACCCUCACAGGAGCACAGGCCCAGCCCAUGCCUUUGCCUACCUACACGUUCGACAGCAUUUCCUUCCCGAUACCCGAGGGCAGCAACCAUGACGCAAGCGAGCUCCGGGUUAUCUCCUGCAAGAGAAAUGUUCAGGUUCAGGUCCCUGGUGACGGCAACACCGUAUCGUCGCGGAAGCACAAGAACACGCUGCUUAUAUACAAGCCUGUGUAUGGCCAGACGGUAACGGAACUCUCCUUCUCGCAUCCACGGCAACUGGUGGCAAUGCUUCCUAUUCUCCGCCAGUACGCUUUUAUAUCAACUCUACUCGAGAGAAGUUUCGGCUCCAACAUUGCCGGCGAGAUCGUACCGGACGUCAACGAUUCCAUCAUCAUCAACGAUACCAUAACGACGCAAGCCGAGUACGACAGGUUCAUGUCUCGGACAUACGAUACCAAUGAGCAAGAGCUUACACUUGACGUGGUACUGACCGUUCACCCGUCGGCCGGCCUCCAUGUCGUCUUCCCUUUCCGAAACGCCACAGCCAACAUUGACCUGCAAAUCCAGCAAAAUGGACUGGUACACGUCGUUUCACAGAACGUUGUUCCUGUCAACGGCGAAGAUGUGGCAGAAACGGACAAGGGCAAACACAAACAGCUUACCCCGCAAGACCUGGGAAGGCUACUGGAAGUGAUGGAAGACCUUUGCUCCUGGGCAGAAUGGAUUCGAAAGAAUCUAUCGUAA